CCUUUGCUGAUGCGCGAGAGGCGCUCAGAGUCUCACAGGAACAAGCUACUGCGGCGGACAGUCAGCGUUCCUGUUGAGGGAAGGCACCAUCCUGAGAUGGAGUUUCCUCAGUAGAAGGUUGAAGGGCUCCAUCAAGAGGGCUAAGAGUCAGCCCAAACUGGACCGAACCAGCAGUUUCCGCCACAUGAUCCUCCCCCGCUUCCGCAGUGCCGACCAAGACAGGACCCGUUUGAUGCAGAGCUUCAAAGAGUCCCACUCCCAUGAGUCCUUGCUGUCUCCCAGCAGCGCUGCAGAGGCGCUGGACCUCACUCUGGACGAGGACGCCAUCAUCAAACCUGUCCACUCGAGCAUCCUGGGACAAGAGUACUGCUUUGAGGUGACUACGGCAUCGGGAACCAAGUGCUUUGCGUGUCGCUCAGCUGCAGAGAGAGACAAAUGGAUCGAGAACCUGCAGAGAGCUGUCAAGCCCAACAAGGACAACAGUCGGAGGGUGGACAAUGUGCUCAAACUGUGGAUUAUUGAGGCCCGCGAGCUUCCAGCCAAGAAACGCUACUACUGCGAACUUUGUCUGGACGACAUGCUGUACGCACGCACCACCAGCAAGCCCCGCACCGACACCGUUUUCUGGGGCGAGCACUUUGAAUUCAACAAUCUGCCAGCCGUCCGCAACCUACGCCUUCAUCUAUACAAGGAGACAGACAAAAAGAGACGCAAGGAAAAGAGCACAUACUUAGGACUUGUAAGCAUCCCCAUCUCAAGCAUCACUGGACGUCAGUUUGUGGAGCAGUGGUACCCGGUCAUCCAGCCCAGUGUCCUCACCAAAGGAGCUGGUGUCGGAGGGGGUAAGAUCAUCAAUGCAUCCCUACGCCUCAAAUCCCGCUUCCAGACCAUGAACAUCCUGCCCAUGGAGCUGUACAAGGAGUUUGCAGAGUAUGUCACCAAUAACUACCGGACUAUGUGUGCUGUGCUGGAGCCCGUGCUGAGUGUCAAGAGCAAAGAGGAAGUGGCUUGUGCAUUGGUGCAUAUACUGCAGAGCACAGGGAAAGCUAAGGACUUCCUUUCAGACAUGGCGAUGUGUGAGGUAGACAGAUUCAUCGACCGAGAACACCUUAUCUUCAGAGAGAACACUCUGGCCACCAAAGCCAUAGAAGAGUACCUCAAACUGAUUGGACAUAAGUACCUCAAGGAUGCUAUAGGGGAGUUCAUAAGGGCCUUGUAUGAGUCAGAGGAAAAUUGCGAAGUGGACCCCAUGAGAACACCACCCUCUGUACUCCCAGACCACCAAGCCAAUCUCCGCAUGUGCUGUGAACUGGCACUCUGUAAGAUCGUUAACUCCCAUUGUGUUUUCCCUCGAGAGCUAAAGGAAGUUUUUGCCUCCUGGAGAGUGCGCUGUGCUGAGAGAGGUCGGGAAGACAUUGCCGACCGUCUCAUCAGUGGUUCUCUCUUCCUGCGCUUCCUGUGCCCUGCCAUCAUGUCCCCGUCGCUCUUCAAUCUCACCCAGGAGUAUCCCGACGAGCAGACGUCACGCACGCUCACCCUAAUCGCAAAAGUAGUGCAAAACCUGGCUAACUUCUCCAAGUUUGGCAAUAAAGAAGAGUACAUGUGUUUCAUGAAUGAGUUUUUAGAGAUGGAGUGGGGCUCUAUGCAGCAGUUCCUGUACGAAAUCUCCAACCUGGACAGUGUCAGCAAUGCAGGCGGCUUUGAGGGAUACAUCGACCUUGGCAGGGAGCUGUCCAUACUGCACAGUCUCCUCUGGGAGGUCAUGGCUCAGCUCAGCAAGGAUGCCAUUAUCAAACUGGGUCCUUUGCCUCGCCUCCUGAAUGACAUCAGUAUGGCCUUGCGUAACCCACACCUCCAGAGGCAGCCCAGCCAUCAGACAGACAGGGUGCAGGAGAGACAGACAGACAGGCUGCUGUCACGGCCGAGCUUCAACAGGGGCAUCUCAUCCGAGUUCCAAAACCUCAUGAUGAGGGAUCUUAAUAGCUCUAUAGAUAUCACUCGCUUGCCUUCCCCUACCUCCACCGGAGGGGUCAUGCCAUCCCGCUCCCAGAUGAAUUUUCAGGACCGUGACCAUCCCCAUCGAGCAUCCUCCAAAGACAUGUUUUACGUAUCACGCCCUCCCCUGGCCCGAUCCAGCCCAGCCUACUGCACAAGCAGCUCGGACAUCACGGAACCAGACCCUAAGGUGCUCAGUGUCAAUAAAAGCGUAUCUAUGAUGGACCUCCAGGAUUCCCGAAUGAACAGCGUGUCUAACCUGCAGUCGGUGGACAUGCUCAACUCCUCCCAGGCCUCCAUCGCCGGCAUGGGCAGCUUCGGAGGGCUGAGCAGCGGAGGCGGUGGCGGCCUGGGGUCGGGCCUGAGCAGCCAGCUGCGGGCCGGUGGGAGGUUGUCAGCUGGCUCUGGCGGCUCCAGCAUGUCCGGCGGCCUUCGGCUGAGCCAGCUGAGCCAGAUGGGCACCACCACCGACUCGCUAUCCCAGCAGCAGCAACAGCAGGCCGCCGCCAUGCGCUACCCGCUUUCCUUCCAGAAUCCACUCUUUCAUCUGGCGACUGCUGAUGGGCCUCAACAGCAACAGCUCCACCACCAGCACAGCCGGGCUCAACCUCCAGCACCCCUGCUCCUGGCCCCAGACCCUGAGCCCUCUCACCAGGCCUACAUCCCACAGUUCGCCCACGGGGGGUUCUCUCGCAGUGAGGACCUGUCCACCCUCAGGACCAGGGACGGUCACCUGGGCCAACCCAGCAUCAUCCACUCACACAGCUACAGUGACGACUACAGCAGGGCUGAAUAUGGACGCAGACAGAUGUCCAUGCAAGUGCAGGAUAACCUCCAACAGCAACAACAAUUGAUGGGUAUGACCUCCCAGACAGGGACCUCCCACUCUUCUUUGGCCACCACGCCCCCCUCCACAGUCCAACCCAUGCGCCAGAGUUCUGUUGCCCCGCCUCCCACCCAGCGUGUCAAGUCCCAGACCUCCCAUCAGCUGUCGGUCAGUUCAGCUGCUGCACCUGCUGCUCCGGUUAAAACACGACCGCAGAGUGGGAAUCUCCUCCAGUCACCAGAGUCCGGCUACGGCGGCAGGCAGCACGGGUCUCGGCAGCUGUCCGUCAAAGACAACACUGCCCCGGGCCUGCCCCACCAGCAGAGCUCUGUCAGGGAAAGCCAGAGUCCACAGGGAACCACGAGUCAGAGCACUCAGCAGUCACCACAGCAACAGGCUCAACAACAGCACCUGCUCAAACCCACCAUGAAUAAACAGGGCUCCCAGUCUCCAUCUACCCUCAAUCCCCCAACCCCAGCCAAUGAGCGAACAGUGGCCUGGGUCUCCAACAUGCCUCAUCUGUCGGCUGACAUUGAAAGUUCACGGAUUGACCGUGAAGAGUUCAAACUGAAGGAGUACUCAAAGAGCAUGGAUGAGUCACGCAUGGACAGGGUACGGGAGUACGAGGAGGAGAUCAACUCCCUGAAGGAGCGCCUGGUGAUGUCCCACAAAAAGCUGGAGGAGUACGAGCGGAGGCUCCUCACGCAGGAGCAGCAGACCAAUAAGAUCCUCCUACAGUACCAGAAUCGACUCGAUGACAGUGAGAGGAGGCUACGGCUACAGCAAGUGGAGAAAGACUCCCAAAUUAAAGGAAUAAUUAGCAGACUCAUGGCUGUGGAGGAUGAGUUAAGGGGAGGACCCGUGAUUGUUGAGCCAAAAACCAGGAUUUUCGCUGAUCAGGUCUGUGAGACUGCUUCUUCUCUCGUCGAGUCCGUAUGAUGGCCCGUGCUAUCUUUUCUCCCCCUUCUACCUCUCUUUUUCCCCCUGCUAUUGUUAUAAUUUUGUCUGCUGUGUGUAUGUGGUCCCUCUGAUUGUCUUGCCCUGUCCCUGAACCGUCCCCGUGUUUGGAUUUGACUGCCAUCUGUCUGCCAACAUA